CCCUCCCCUCCCCCGCGAGCUGCGCACCGGCAGCCGGCUGACCCAGCAGCCCGCGCCCGCGCCCUUGUCCGCGCGAGCCGGCGGCGGGCUCCAGUCAGCGGGCGACAUGAGCGGCGGCGGCGACGACGUGGUGUGUACCGGCUGGCUGAGGAAAUCGCCUCCGGAAAAGAAGUUGAGGCGCUAUGCCUGGAAGAAACGCUGGUUUAUACUGCGGAGUGGCCGGAUGAGUGGAGACCCAGAUGUUCUGGAAUACUACAAGAACGAGCACUCCAAGAAACCCCUGCGGAUCAUCAACCUGAACUUCUGUGAGCAGGUGGAUGCAGGCCUGACCUUCAACAAGAAAGAGCUACAGGAUAGCUUUGUGUUUGAUAUCAAGACCAGCGAGCGCACGUUUUACCUGGUGGCUGAGACGGAGGCUGACAUGAACAAGUGGGUCCAGAGCAUCUGCCAGAUUUGCGGUUUCAAUCAAGCCGAAGAGAGCACAGACUCCCUGAGAAACCUUUCUUCAGCCAGUCACGGUCCCCGCUCCUCUCCAGCUGAGUUCAGCUCCAGUCAGCACCUGCUCCGAGAACGGAAGUCCUCAGCCCCUUCACACUCUAGCCAGCCCACUUUAUUCACAUUUGAGCCCCCUAUGUCAAGCCACAUGCAGCCUGCCUUGUCCACCAGUGCACCUCAGGAGUAUCUCUACUUGCACCAGUGCAUAAGCAGAAGGACAGAAAACUCAAGGAGUGCCAGCUUCUCUCAGGGCACCCGGCAGAAGAGUGAUACAGCCGUGCAAAAACUUGCCCAGAGCAAUGGACACUGUAUCAAUGGAGUCAGCAAUCAAGUCCAUGGUUUCUAUAGCCUUCCCAAGCCAAGCCGACACAAUACAGAAUUCAAAGACAGUACUUAUGAUCUCCCGAGGAGCCUGGCGUCACAUGGCCACACCAAGAGCAGCCUCACAGGGUCUGAGACUGAUAACGAGGAUGUGUAUACCUUCAAGAUGCCCAGCAACACCCUGUGUCGGGAGUUUGGAGACCUCCUUGUGGACAAUAUGGAUGUUCCAACCACCCCUCUCUCAGCCUACCAGAUCCCUAGAACAUUUACACUGGACAAGAAUCACAAUGCCAUGACAGUGGCCACUUCUGGAGACUCAGCCAUAGCUCCCCCACCCCGGCCACCCAAGCCAAGUCAAGCAGAAACACCUCGAUGGGGCAGCCCUCAGCAAAAACCUCCGAUCGGCGAGAAUAGCAGAUCUGUAGCUGCUACUAUCCCCAGGCGCAAUACCCUCCCUGCAAUGGACAACAGCCGGCUCCACCGAGCUUCCUCCUGUGAGACCUAUGAAUACCCAACACGAGGCAGCGGAGAGAGUGCCAGCUGGUCUGCUGAAUCUCCAGGAAAGACUGCCGUGGGUCGAUCAAACAGUGCCAGCUCUGAUGACAACUACGUGCCCAUGAACCCAGGUUCUUCUACCCUGCUGGCCAUGGAACGAGCCGGGGACAAUUCCCAGAGUGCCUACAUACCCAUGAGCCCAGGGCCUCAUCACUUUGAUCCACUUGGGUACCCAUCCACAGCCCUUCCUAUUCACAGAGGCCCCAGCCGAGGAAGUGAGAUCCAGCCACCCCCAGUCAACCGAAACCUCAAACCUGACCGAAAAGCAAAGCCAACACCCCUUGACCUGAGAAACAACACUGUCAUCGAUGAGCUCCCCUUCAAGUCACCUGUCACCAAGUCUUGGUCCAGGAUCAACCACACCUUUAACUCCAGUUCCUCCCAGUACUGCCGUCCUAUCUCCACACAGAGCAUCACCAGCACAGACUCAGGAGACAGUGAGGAGAACUAUGUCCCUAUGCAAAACCCAGUAUCUGCGUCCCCUGUUCCCAGUGGCACUAACAGCCCAGCUCCCAGGAAGAGUACUGGCAGUGUGGAUUACCUAGCCCUGGACUUCCAGCCGGGCUCCCCAAGCCCUCACCGCAAGCCAUCCACAUCAUCUGUCACAUCGGAUGAGAAGGUAGACUAUGUCCAAGUGGAUAAAGAGAAGACACAGGCCCUGCAGAACACCAUGCAGGAGUGGACAGAUGUACGGCAGUCCUCAGAACCUUCCAAGGGUGCCAAGCUGUGAAGGGGGCCACCGAGUUCAAGAGCCAUGAGGCAGCUGCCCAGACUGCCUCUUCUGUCACCUUCUUCUCCAUUUCUUCCUACACCUCCUCUCCCCUGUACCACUUUCAGCCUUCAAAGCACUCAACGUCAGGGACCUGACCCUUUCCCAUCAGAGGCAAGGGCCUGGUAGAGACACUUCCUCUGCCACUUGGGUUCCACCUAUGACUUCUGUCAAAAGUAGCUGUGCCUCCACCACCUUAGUUAGGAGCUGUUGCCAAAAAUGCUUCCUGCUUUGGACCCAUUUGUCUGCUGCUUGGACUCUUGGAGGGAGGGCUGAAGCUCUGAGCUAGGCUCAUGCCUCAUGUCUGCUCACCGCUCUCUACCCUCUACCUCAGGGCUGCUUCUCCAUCCCCAGCAGAGGAUGAUAACCCAGUGAGCCAAGAACCAGCAGACCAAAGUACACAUGGGCUUUCAUAUCCCUGCUAUUUUGGCAAGGAAAAGGCAAGGUGCCACAAGAAGAAAUAGUUGAUACUGGAAGUCGGAAGUUGCCUUGAGGAAGAAAUUAGGCCCCAGACAUGGGAGUGUAGCUGAUAACUUGUUGGGUGGUACCCAAUAUCAGGCCAUAGUGUACCUCUGCUAUAGACUGGGAGAGACAAAGUAUGAAAGAGAGCAGGAAGGAAAACUGAUAAUGAUAAGCAACCAGGACAGCAAAGAGCAGAAGUCUUUGAGGUGACAAAGCUUGGAGCUAGAGGACUCUGCCACUCUGGGACAGACAGUCCUCUUCCCUGGCCCUGAUGAAGAGAUGAGACAGAGUGAGGAAGACAGCAGCAGGUUAUGUGGGGGGAGAAGGGCAGGAGGAUCCUGGGACAGGAGUGUGCUAGGCACAGGGCAGUGCGGAGACACUGCCAUGGAAAGAAAGUUUCUAGUAGGUAGGAGGGUGCAGAGAUGACUUAGGGACCAGGAGGCAGGCAAGACAUGUAGCAAGUGAGGACAUGUGUCCAAAGGGCCUGGCGGGGAGCCCAAAGCCACAAGCAGGAGUACAGCAGGGAGCAGAAUGAGGAGUCAUACUUUGACCAAGGAAAUCUAGAGAGUGCAUAAGGGUCUGGCCGAUGGCUUGUGCCAGACAGAAGCACCUCUGACCUAGUCCUAGUGCCAGGCCAGGUCUUUUCUCUUCUCUGCUGUCCUCAGCUGCAGGGGUGGUAGGAACUAACCCUCUCCUCCAAUGGCUUCAGAUGUCACCAGGGCAGAUGGGAUGGGAAGCUGUUGUUGCUAAGGCUUUUAAGAUAGGGCAGGGAGAUUUCAAUGUGUUUGUCUUAAAAGUUGUUGACCAAAUUUUCAAGCAUUUCAGAGGAAAAACAGGGCAAACCAGGAUUUCAUUUUGCCCUAGAGAAACAGGUUGUCCUCUAAAAACUAGGACUGUUCAGCAACUAAAGGCACACUUUACCUCUCUCCUCUCGAGUGCCCUGUCGAAGAGUUCCUCGGAGGUGGUCCCUCUUCUCACAGUAGUGAUGGUUGCCAAGCCCUGAGCAACAAGGAGACUGAGCCAUGGGGAGGGGAAGCCUCAAGGAGAGAUCAGAGUGAGUUUUGUGCAGAAAGAGUAGGCAGGGGUGGGUUGUGGAGGAGACAGGGGGUGGGUUGUGGAGGAGACAGGAGGGAUGGGGGAAGCCUCAGCUUUGGGAACGGGUGGUCUUUGAAGGUGUGAAGCCAGCCUCAGAAGUGUGCAGUCACCUUGAGUGAAACGGGGCUGGAGAUGGUUGCAUUGAGCAAGGUUACAAGAUACUUGGCUGGCUCUGCCCAUCCUCACGAUGUCCUUUAAGGCCUUAGUGGGCCUCCCAUGUGGCUAAGCUCUUGAUUGGUGCUGCUGGAGCUCAUAGCAGGUCCAUGUGUCGUUGGCCUCAGCAGCCACCCCAUAGACACAGAGUGCAUUUUCUGAGUUGAGUGUGCCAUGUGAAUGGAGCUGGCUGCCACUUACCAAGACUCAAGUAUUCUAGUUAGUCUCAAGGCCUCUGUCCUGCUCUGGUCCAACCUGUGGAAAGCUGAGCUCUGGCUCACAAUUUCCAGAUUGCUAGCCAUGUCUAAUUUACCCACCCACCCUCCAACCCCCAAAUAAGAAAAGCCAAUUCCAUUUAGAAAAAAAAAAAUUGGCUUACUCAUGAGUCAAAGUUCACCUCCCCUAGUGGCUGAGCUGUCAAGGACUGAGAGCCAAGAACACCUAUCAUCUCUUAGCACAGCUCCCACAAGUACCUAUCCUGGAGGGCCUCUUCCCACUCCACUCUGCAAAGAUUAAAGUUUAGUAGGACAGUGAAGAAAGGGGGUGGCAUCUCCUUGAGACUUGCCGUUCUGUAAAAUGGGAUGAUCACAGCUGAUAUUCUGCGGCUGUAAGAACCUGGGUGAUCCUUUGAAGGUCUGGGUUACUGGGGUAGAGCACACAAAGUAUUAGCUCAUUAGCUGCCUCCCUCUCUAUCGAUUUCACUGAUUGCUAUAUUGACUCUGUGAAAAGAAGCCACAUUCUCAGAACAGAAGCACAACCCUUCUGAAGUUAAUGGAACGAGGGUUCAGGUCCUGUCUGCCUUUGGGCCCUUUAUUUGCCAGUGGCUAUAGUCCCAGCCAUGGCUCCCUCCCCUCCCUGCAACAGAGCUUUGCAGACUAUGAGAGGAAGUAGCUCUUCCUCUCCAUCUGGGCCUUUGGCUGUAAAGUGGGGAAGCAGGCUGACCUUAGAGGGCCAUUUUACUGGGACUUCCCUUAUUUGGGGUCUUAGCAAGGCAGGAACAACCAGACUUGCCAAGGGCGCCUGCUAAUAAUUUGUGCUGUUGUGGUAUCUGGUGGUGUGUGUUCUUGUGUAAUCUGUUGGUUAUUUGUGUCUUGAAAUUUAGAAUCAUUUCAUUCAGGAUUGUUACUAUUUGUUGGGAAGAAAAAUGAAAUAGAAGCAGCCUAGUCUUACAUCGUGUCUUGUUACCAUUUAAGAUUGACAUUUAAUUUUUCAAGUCAUUGUUGGUGCCUAAUCACUUAAGUUAUUAAUUUAUUCUGUUUUCAAAAAAUUGUAACAUAUUUAUCUUGUGAAGUCUGGGGGCGGGGUGGGAAAUAUGUUCAAGUGAGUCAUGUUUCACAGUGGUAACAAAUGGUACAGGCCUGGAGCUUGCAGGUCCCUUUUUAUUAUGGUGUAGAAGCAGGACAAUAAAGUCCUUUAGAAAUGCAACCCAGAGUAGGCUACUGGAGACUGUCUUUACGGGUGUGGAAACUUACUCUUGUCCCAUCCUGGGCAGUCUUAGAACUGAUGCUGUCCUACAGAUACCUUCUCUGACAAACUCAUUUCACAGUCAUUUCAUGAAUAACCCCAGAACUGGUGUGCUCAAUUCUGCUCAUCUUGAUGGGCUGCAAUUGGACACUUUUCCAGGCCAGGGGCGGGAAUGAACCUUCUUCAGACCAGCAUCGGCAUCUGCAAUGGAGCAGACCUGUAGUCCAGCACUCCAGAAGCUGAAACAGGGACAGGACAAUUGGUAUCCUUGACAGCUCCAGAGUCUGGCAUUUGGACAGAAUCGUCUACCCCUGGUCAUAGCACCAUUUUGACCUUCCAGAUGCUUCUGUUCUUAGGAAGAUGAUCUUGGGUGCAGGCCAGUCCCAGACCCUCCCUCAGUAUACAGCCACCCAUGUCCCUCUUCAGCUUUAAGAUUAUGAACUGAAAGAGCUGGAUGUUGGGACUAGAGAGAGGGCUCAGCUAUUUGGUUCCCAGCACCGACAUUGGGUGACUCACAACAGCUUGUAACUCCAGUUCCAGGGAAUCUGAUGUCCUCUACUGGCCCUCACACAUACAUGGUACAUACACCUAACAGAGAUACACAUUCAUACAAUAAAAAUAAAUUUUUAAAGCUCUA